GCGCUCUGCGUCCUGUUGCUGCCAAACCAGCUGGCAGUUUAAAUUGAUAUUCUGACUUACUGCUGUACUCGAAUCCCCAAGCUUUAAAGUCAGUCCAUUUGCAAGCCUUAUACUUUACAGUGACUAGAUCUCAGACUUAAACCACGAUGCGGAAUGCGAACAAGCGCUCAGUAGCUUUUCUGUGUGCACACCUUCUUCGCAGACUGUAAUUGUUAACUUUUUUUUUUUUUUUUUUGAGGGAACAUCACUUCAUGUUGAUGCAUCAUGUGGAAGUGCAGCAGCAGCUGACGCGAGUUUGUUCAUGAGUUGGUGAAGCUGCUGGAGAAAGUUGUUCACCGAGCUCCUCAGUGUCGGGUCUCGUCACCUGGUUUUGCACACCACUCCCAGCCGGUGCAGAACCUUUCCGCAGCGGCCAGGAUGGGCACCUUAUUGUGGACACCGGGAGCUCCGCCUGCUUGGAAAGCUACGAUUGUCCUCGUCAAUAUAAUCUCAGCGGUUGUAGCCAAAAGGCACGCCGUGUAUUGGAACUCUACAAACACAAGGUUAACAGCAGGUGAUCUGUCUGUCCAGCUGAAAUUCAAUGAUUACCUGGACAUCUACUGCCCCCACUACCCCAACAGGGAGGCUAUGGGUCAUGAGCAUCCAGAGACCCUGGCCCUCUACCUGGUCGGAGAGGAGUCAUUCCAAGGCUGUGUGGAGACCAGAGGGGCCAUCAAGAGGUGGGAGUGCAACACCCCUUUUGCUCCAUUUGGACCAGUACGCUUCUCUGAGAAGAUCCAAAGGUUCACGCCCUUCUCGCUGGGGUUUGAGUUUCUGCCAGGGAGACACUACUACUACAGCUCUCUACCCACAGAUGAAGGCCCGCCUCUGCCAUGUAUGAAGUUGCGCGUCACAGUGUGCUGUGCGCCCACAUCAGAGGGUUCAAAACAAAAACAAGAAACAGUACCUCUAAGUAGCGUUUCCUCACCGAGGACAGCUUCACUUCCGCUCCUCCUCAUCGUCCUCCUGCUGACUACCUGAACUGUCCGUCCUCAUCACCGACCUCACACCUGUUCUCCGUGGGAUUGGGGCGUACAAGUACGCAAUGCAGUCUGCACUCAGUGAAUCACACAAUGCCAUAUUUCCUAAGCUAUUGCAAAAUGACACUUAAUACCCUGUGGCUGUUUACCUGUGAAAAUCUGGAAAGAAUCCGAUGUCUUCUCCAAAAUGGGGCCACAGUGACUCAGGAACUGACACUCUGAAUCACAGUGAUUCAUUUCUUGUUAUUUUCCUUUCCUGCCUGUUGUGUAAAUAAUACCGUGAAAAUCACUUCUACAGCUAGGGCUGGUGGUAAGUCCUAUCCCAGUCUGAUUUCAGAAGAACAAUGAGUCCGUCCGGACUUGUACCAACAAAGUUUUUCUUUGUUCUCAUUUUCUUCUUGCUGUGUUGUGUUUACUUCUUUAUGAGAACCUGACUCCAGUUGAAAAGUGGCCAAAUAAACAAAUACUACUGUACUUAGCGGCUCAGGUUGGAGGUCAGUCAGUUAGCUGGCGACUUCUUUACUUCACUCUGACAUGCUGUACCUUAACUGCCUCGUUUCUGAUCUGAUCGAGAUAAACGUGCUCUACUUUUUUUUUUUUACUAAUUAGAUUUUGAAACUAAAGGCAUUUUUAGGAGGAACUGGGGAAUAUUCUGGAAGAGUGAGGCUGGGCUCCUGCGCCCCCUGCUGGCAUUAAACUGGUUGUACUGGAGUUGAACUGGGUUGACCAGAAACCCAGAAACUGGACACUAGAAUCUGGUGCUGUAUGUUAAUAAUGGGACCUGGGACAGAGUUUGUCCUCACUGACUUGCCACCCAGCUGUUCUGCGUCUGCACCCUUAAAAAGCAGAACAGAGAGGUUUAUGGGUAGCUGGAGAGCAUCAGCUCAUCUCACUCCGCCGAGCAAGACUGUGGAGGCUGAUUGGUUGAUUCUCCUGUUGGUCUACCAGGUGUGCAGACAUGCACACAAACCAUUUGUCCUUUUGUUGUUUUGUUUUUUUACACAAGAUGUUUCCUUUUGGCUUUUUUGCUUAUAGUUAAUAUAUUCUGCUAAAAUAAGAUAUGUUAACUAUAUAAUACAUGUUUUAGUGAGAACUUACCUUUUUAUUUAACAGCAAAAAUCUGACAAAAAAAAAAACAAUGAUUUUCCAUAUAUAUGUGUAUUUACCGAUACGUGUAUUUUCAGUAUGCUCUGCUAUGAUGUAGUUUCUCAAAUUAAAUGGUUUAAUUGUUGUUUAUUUCUCUUUGUUUUCCUUUUUUUUCUUUUAAAAGGAGCACUUCCAAAUUAUAGACACGGAUUUAAAAAAUCAUAACAAAUUAAAAAUUCAUUUAUUUUUCAGAUUAGAGAUUUUUAAAUUAGAAAAGACAUAGGUGUGUAUUUUUUCCUUCAAAUUAAAUUAAGGUUAUAUAUUUAUUAAGUCACAUAAUUAUCUCCAAAUAUUUGAGUGACUUGUGUUAGAAAAAUCAAAAGUUUAAUUGUACACUUUAUCCUAGCUUUAAAAAAAAAAAACAUGACAUUGUUAGCACUUAAUAUAUUUUUUCCUUAAAUAUUUGAGUGUCAAAAUGCUGUAAAUUACACCAAUCAUGUUAUUGUUUUUGUUUUAAUGUUCAUUUCCUAAAGGGGCGACAAAUAACCCUGCUCAGUGAAGUAGUCAUGUACCUACUACUAGUACUUUGUUGUAAGUGUUUCUCUGUGUGUUCUGCUUUCACAUUUUAGUGAAGAAUGUAGCUUCUUCUGUGAAGAACCAACUGCAAUCUGAGCCUUUUUCAUG